AUGAAGCACAAUGGCACUAAUUCCACCACUCUCACUCUUUAUCGUGGUCAGCAAAUGACCAAACAAAGUUUUGAAAGAAUCAAGAAUAAUGUUGGUGGUCUUCUUUCAUUUAACAAUUUUCUUUCUACCACGGCUAACAAAAAUUUAGCACUCAUUUAUGCUGGAAAUACUUUUAAUAAUGAAGAUCUUACUGCAGUAUUAUUUCAAAUGGAUAUUGAUAUUAUUACAAAUGAAUUUCCAUUUGCCAAAAUUGAUUCCAUUAGUUUUUUCGGUGAAGCUGAAGAAGAAUAUCUGUUUACAAUCGGAAGACUUGAAAGAGAAACUGAUUGGAAAGAACAAGUAGCUAUCUUCCAAAAUCUAGGUCUUACUUGUGUGAAAGAUGGCAAACAAGCACUUACUUAUUUCCACCAAUCACUGGAACUUAUUCAGAAACAUAUUCAAGAUGGUUAUGAUUCAAUUUAUAGCAGUAUUUAUAAUAAUAUCGGCUUUGUUCAUCAGACAAUGGGUGAUAACAAUCUUGCUUUAGUUUAUUAUGAAGAAAGUCUUAAUCAUGAACUUUCUAAUCAUGUUCUAAACAAAAAGAAACUCUUUACUCGAUAUAAUAAUAUUGGGAUGAUCCUGUUGGUGCAAGAAGAAAAAGACGAAAGCAAACGUUAUCUGCAGCAAGCACUGAAUACGGCUCUCGAAAUUCUUCCAUCGAUGCAUCCUGAUCUUGCUACAAGCUAUAGCAAUUUAGCUUCUUGCAUGAAUGCAAUGGGUCGAUUCGUUGAAGCAAUUGAUUACCAGCAAAAAGCACUUGACAUUGAUUUACACUGUCUCCCACCAAAUCAUCCACAGUUUCGAAAUCAUCAGACCUGUCUAAAAUCGUAUCAAGAUUCGCUGGAAGCGUCUAUAACAACAGUAAAAAUGUACUUGGACCGCGGUGCUGUUGGACUUAUAUUAGACGAUCAUACAGUUGUGUAA